GGGCGGCUGCAGGAAGCGGCCGGCGACGGGCAGCGGCGAGGGCCAUAAAGGGCGGAGGGGUGCGGGGCGCGGUGCGUGGGGGCGAUGGAGGACGACGCGCCGGUCAUCUACGGGCUGGAGUUCCAGGCUCGAGCUUUAACACCUCAGACAGCAGAAACGGAUGCAAUAAGAUUUUUGGUUGGAACACAAUCUCUUAGAUAUGAUAAUCAGAUUCACAUCAUAGAUUUUGAUGAUGAAAAUAACAUUAUAAACAAAAAUGUGCUUCUUCAUCAAGUGGGUGAAAUCUGGCACAUUAGUGCCAGUCCUGCAGAUAAAGGUGUACUUGCAACUUGCUACAAUAAAACUUCAGACAGUAAAGUCAUGACAUGUGCUGCUGUUUGGAGGAUGCCGAAGGAAUUGGAAUCAGGCAGUCAUGAAUCCCCUGAUGAUUCAUCAAGCAACACUCAAACCCUGGAGCUACUCUGUCACCUUGACAACACAGCCCAUGGCAAUAUGGCCUGUGUUAUGUGGGAACCUAUGGGAGAUGGUAAAAAGAUUAUUUCUCUGGCCGAUAAUAACAUACUAUUGUGGGAUUUGCAGGAAAGUUCAGCCAAGGCUGUGCUUUCUAGUUCUGCAUCCUUGGAAGGGAAAGGACAAUUAAAAUUUACUUCUGGAAGAUGGAGUCCACACCACAAUUGUACACAGAUUGCAACAGCCAAUGAUACCACUGUUCGAGGAUGGGAUACACGAAGCAUGAGACAGAUAUAUUGCAUAGAAAAUGCACAUGGACAGCUGGUACGAGACCUCGACUUUAAUCCCAAUAAACAGUACUACCUGGCUAGCUGUGGAGAUGACUGCAAGGUGAAAUUCUGGGACACAAGAAAUGUCACUGAACCAGUGAAGACACUAGAGGAGCAUUCCCACUGGGUCUGGAAUGUCAGAUACAAUCAUUCUCAUGAUCAGCUGAUCCUUACAGGAAGCAGUGAUAGCAGAGUUAUACUGUCUAAUAUGGUAUCAAUUUCUUCUGAACCAUUUGGGCAUAUGGUAGAUGAUGACGAACUGAGUGAUCAAGAGGACCAGCAUCAAGAAGAGAAGAUUUUUGUAUACAGGCCUUUCAGGAUUAAAGAACCCCUUCAGGACAGUGUAAUAGCUACCUAUGAAGAACAUGAAGAUAGUGUAUAUGCAGUUGAAUGGUCCUCAGCAGACCCAUGGCUCUUUGCCUCUUUAAGUUAUGAUGGGAGACUUGUUAUUAACAGGGUUCCAAGAGCUCUUAAAUAUCACAUACUGUUAUAAUUUGUUUGGAUUAUGAUGGAGUUAUCUUGAUGUACACAACUGGUAGGUAUUUAAUUAUUUUUUCAGGAUCUACUUUGGUUUUUAUUAAACAUAAAUAUUGUUAAGAAAAUCUGUACUAAUGUAGACACUUUUGUCUUUUGUAUUUGUCUUGGAAAAAUAUGAUGCAUACAUUAGAAAAGCCCGUGCUAGCUAGUGGUCUCUUUUUGUUUGUUUUAUAAUCAUUGAGAUUGGGAAUUGCAAAGUUUCUGGAGAUACCGGGUCCUUUCCAUACUACUGCUCUACUACUUCAGCUUUAUGCAGAUGCAGUACACUACAGAGGAGUUAUACCUGUAUAAGACUGGGACAAUGUAGGGUGCAUGUACUAGAAGUGAUCUACUUCUCUCCAAGAAUAGUAUCAUAUCUUUCUGAUAUAAGCAGACCUCUGUUCUUAGCUAGGACUACAUUCUGCCAACUAUUCUGUCUCCUUAUUCAGUUAUUGUAAAACACAGUUGGGAAUGAUCUGAAAGGUUUUCUUAAUUCAAUUUAGUAUUUUAAAAAGUUUUACUCUUGUUUUGCAUAUCCUAGGAAGAAAUAUUAAUCAUGACAGUGAAACCAUCAAAGUAUGAAGUAUGUUUUUCAUACCUUAUAGUAGGUAUCUUUCUUGCCUUAUAGUAGUAUCAACAAAGUACCAUCGUGUUAUUUGCAGAUAAAAUGCACUUUUGUGCCACAUAUUGCUAUUAGAAAUAACAUCCAUCUUUACCAAAACCUCUUAUAUUCUCAUGUAAUGUGUUUUAUACCAUGUUCAUAGAACUUAGUUGUUUUGUAGUAUAUAUUGAGGGACUCUGGAGCUACACCAUUGUUAACCUGGAAGAUCUCCUUAAUAUUUGUAAGUAAUCUCUCUCUCAUCCUUCUGGCUGUGUGCCAUUCUCUAGUAUAAUGUAGCAGGCUUUCAAGUAAGCAUGAAACAUCCUUUGCUAUAUCUUAUUCUUUACAAUACCUGACCUAGGCAUUGUGACUAUCUUGUCACAAAUGCUGAGGACAGAUGCUGCCCUGCAGAAGAAUACGCAAAAAAACUUGAAAUAUAGAUGGAAGGUGCGAUUAAAAUAUUCCUGAACAUACUGACACCUCCCCACACCCCCAGCUUGCUGUUACGAUGAAAAUUCUGCCUCCUGUUCUUUGUGUACUUAAACUAAACACAACAGUAAUUAUUCUGUUGUCUUUCCAUCACUAUUAUUUCCUAUUGUCUUGAGAACUUGGGUAUGUGAAAUGGUGUUGGUCGUGGUGGCAUUGUGUAAGACCACUCUGAAGAAGACAUGCAAGGACAUGGGAUGGAAAGAUCAAUACCAGCCUCUUCCUGUGCCUCCUGCAGUUGCUAUAGUUACUGUUGAGGGACAGCCUGCUACUCACCUCUGCUUGUCCUUAUCCGCUGUCUGGAUCGAAAUAUGUCCAAAUGUGAUUUGUUGUGUAUGCACAGCUGCUGCUAUGAGAACAUGCUUUGAGAGCAUCACUGACUGCUGUAGACCAAAAUGUCCAGAAAAGAUAAAAGGUGAAUUCUAUUCCUGGCUUGUUAAAAAAGCUUGUUUGGAAGAAUUCAUAAGAGGGAAUUAAUUUAAUUAAAUCUGUAUUAUUAUUUGUGUUUGCGUUACAAUGAUGCCUGUCUGCUCCAGAGUGAAUGCUUCAUUGGAAAUUCUGAUGGUCUGCUUUUCUGUGUUAAGAUUUUAAACUUGUGCUAUUCGAAAUUGUCUCAAUCUGUAAUUAGGCAUGAGUUAUUCACAUGUAUACUGUAAGAAAAAAUUAUAUUUCCAAAUCAAUAGUGCUUCAGUUGUCUGAAUAUCAAAAUCCUUGGUUGGGCUGCAGUUUUUUGUGGACUUCUCUUGUGUUUUUUUCCCCUCAAAAAAAGCCCUGCGGUAUUUCUUUAGUAUGCGGCAGAACUCUUAAAACUUUAUUCACAUUAGGAAUAAAGGUCUAAUGAAAUUUUAUUGUCUCUUAAUAUAUGUAGCUUGUAGUGUGAAGGUGAGAGGAAAUUACGUAACCAUAUGUAGGAUUUGGUUUGAUCUUAACAUGUAAUAAAAUGUGGGACAGAUUUCAGAC